AUGGAGCCAGUCAUUCUCGGCGCUGGUGGCAUGCUCUUCAGUGAUCCUCUCUUCCAACACAUGUUGGUCAAGGUCGUGCGUGAGCAGUGUCCAGAGCUCUACGGCAAGCCUGAAGCUUCAUCAGAGUCCGAGCUGGCAUGGAAGGGAGUUCCUGUUGUCUUUGACGAGGUCUUCACCGGACUGUAUCGUCUCGGCCGUUUCAGCAGUUCGUCGUUUGUUGAUGUUCAGCCUGACAUUUCUGUCCACGCCAAGCUGCUUACUGGUGGUCUGCUGCCUCUAUGUACCACCCUUGCCAGUGAGAGUAUUUUCGAAGCCUUCUUGAGUCCUGAGAAGUCGGACGCUUUGCUCCAUGGCCACAGCUACACUGCACAUGCCGUGGGCUGCGAUAUUGCCAGAUAUUCUCUGAAGACCAUGAAAGAGAUGGACAAAGGCACUUCUUGGACUAGCUUCAAGUCUGCCUGGAAACAAGAGGACAGCGCGAAGCAGAAUCUCUGGAGCAUGUGGUCGCAAGAUUUUGUACGUGAUCUCUCGCUCAGGUCAAACGUCGAGAGCGUGUUUGCUCUAGGCUCUGUCCUGGCAAUCUCGCUCAAGGAUCCUGCUGGCUCUGGAUAUACCUCGACCGCCGCAACUGGUCUGAGGGAUACGCUCCUUCAUGAUUCCUCUUCUGAGAACGCCAUUCACUCGCGCGUCUUAGGUAACGUGUUGUAUCUGAUGGCCAGCAUGACCACUUCGCCGGACACGAUUGCAAGCAUCCAGAGAAAAGUGCAAGCUGCAAUGAACUGA